AUGUCUGAUGCUCACAGUCCUCGUCAUGACGCGAAAUCUCACGAUCAUCGUCGCUCUACCCAGUCAGCUUCGGCUCCACCAGGAGAUGUCUCACAACUCCCCAAAGGUCAAUGUCGUUACAUUCUCACGUUACCCGAAUUGAAAGGCCACCGAUGUGGAUGCGACGACUUGGCAGUUCUGAAAAAGCGCGUAAAGGACCUAGAGGCAAUGCUACAACAAAAAGGCAGCUACCAACCAGAAAGCCUUGUCUGCAGAAUCAGCGAUCUCGAGGAAACAGUGGAGAGUAACGAAGAAGAGUCCGCCAUGCAAAUAAAAGCUUUGUAUCAGAAUAGCUCUGCAGCAUGGGAGAUCAUAGAAGCGUUACAGGAGCGGACCAAAACUCUUGAGACAUAUUGUGGCCUAUACCGGGAGCAGAUGGCGGCGACGAGGAGUGAGUUAAGAGAGCUGUAUAAUAGGCAGCUGGAGUUAAUGGAUGGCGAAGAGAGUCUGGAGGAAAGACUUCAUAGGCUGGAGGACCCAGGUGAUAUACUACCGGCAUUUCCAACUACGCCUAUGGGCUCGUUGCGAAUGGAUACCCGGUAG